AUGGCUGAUCCUUUCGAAGUGCGCAUGCGCUUCACCUCUCAGCUUCAACAUCUCAAUGCUUCAGUAGCAUCCGCACAAAAAGCCGCACAAUAUGCUCUUAGAUAUAGAGACAUGGACGAGGAUUUGCACUCAUGUAUCCUGGAACAGUUGGAACGAGUGAAUAACAUGAACAUACGGGCCAACAUCAUGUACUUCAUCGAGCAUUUCCUCGACAUGGCGCAGCGCGAUGGACACCCAGACUAUAUUCGGAUGAUGCAACGGGACAUUAUUCGUGUUGUUGAUGCUGUUGCUCCCGAUGAUGGAUCUGGUGCUGCCAACGUCCGAGUAGUCCGAAAGGUUCUACAAGGGCUUCAAGGCAAAGGCUACCUGGAGUCGCAAGCAGUCAUUCAGAUCGAGGAUGUCAUAAAGGAACGCGAGACAAAUGCAGCAGACUUUGCCUCACCGAACGGAGAUGUUGAAAUGACAGACAUGCCAAUCUCUCAAAGCGUCACCAAGCCAGGCCGACGAGGCGCAUCAAAUCAAUUUGACAAGCGUCAAAUAGAGCAGCGAAUCGAAGAGGAUCGAGAGCGUCACAAGCGUGAGCGCGAAAGUAUAUGGGCUAUCCCCAAGAUCGAUAAUGCGGAAAUGGAUCGGCUAUGGGAAGAGACUAGCGAUUUCGGAGAAGACGACGACCGCCUGCUCACUGAAGAGCAGAGAGAUUUUGAAAAAGAGAUGGAAAUGCAGUCUGGCUGCCAGCACAAUCAGGGGGCAAAGAACGGCAACCAUUAUUAG